ACAGUGCGUACACAUAUCGUUCGUUCUCCUACUUUCAUCGUCAUUCAUUUCGUGCAGUCAGACGUCAGUGUUUCAGUAAAAAGUGUGUGCAGAAUCAGAUUCGUUUCGACUGUUGAUCUGAUCGGUUGAGUUUCUUCGGGUUGUCUCCGUGUUUCAAAUUCGUUACUUCAUUCAAUCAAAUCGUGAGCACUUAGCGCAUUUUUCCACAACGACAAUAAAUUAUUAUUUGAAAUAGCGAAGACAAUCAGUUUUAAUUGAAAUAAAUUUAGUGUUUGCAAUUGUUCUACUUUGAAUUGUGUGAGAGAGAUAUUUUGUGGCACGAUGGCUGACGAAAGCUUACAACAAUUACCGACAAAUCAAAAUCUUGAUUAUCAUAUUAUAACGUUAUUCCAACGACUUGAGUCAAUGCGCAAGGAUUCGCAUGGGAAUCGCAUUGGCGGACGAUUAUCGUCUAUGAAGGCAAAAUAUAAUAUGCAAGCUGAAAUUCGGACUCUGGAAUUUUGGAGGUCGAUAAUAGCCGAGUGUUUGGCAUCGUUUUUGUACGUGUUCAUUGUGUGCGGUGCAGCAGCUGGAGCUGGUGUGGGUGCAUCGGUUUCAUCUGUUCUGCUGGCAACGGCACUGUCAUCUGGAUUCGUUGUGACCACUCUAACACAAUGCUUCUCGCAUAUAUCAGGCGCUCAUAUUAAUCCAGCUGUUACCUUUGGUAUGGUUAUAAUCGGUGCAAUUUCUCCGCUACGUGCUGCCAUGUACAUCACCGCUCAUUGUGGCGGUGGAAUCGCCGGUGCAGCACUUCUCUAUGGUGUAACGGUACCUGGAUACCAAGGAAAUUUGCAAGCAGCCAUCGCACACACAUCAGCUCUGGCAGCUUGGGAACGUUUCGGUGUGGAAAUGAUCCUAACAUUCAUUGUUGUUUUGGCUUAUUUAAUGUCAACCGAUUCAUACAAAUCGUAUUUCGGCGUAUCGGCAUUGUCCAUUGGAGCCGCUUACAGCGCAUGCAGUUUCGUUUCCAUGCCAUAUUUGAAUCCGGCCCGUUCAUUGGGACCAUCAUUCGUUUUGAAUCGCUGGGAUAAUCACUGGGUGUACUGGAUCGGACCAUUGGUUGGUGGUGCAAUCUCCGGCAUAGUUUAUCAAUACGUUUUCAGUCCACGACGUGCAUUCAAACUUGGCAAAGACCUUGAGAACGAUUCGGCCUGCAUUUCCGACGAUGACACCAACUCCGACUUGGACAUGGACAAAUUGAAUAUGCCCCAACCGAAAUUCCAUGGCUCAACGUACCGUUCACCAACUGGAACGAUGCAGCAACAAAAUGGAUACUGCCAAAACCUCUACACCAGCGAAAUUGGCUCAAAGGCGGAACAAAUCGAACCAAUUUAUGGAGGAACCCGUUCGAUGUACUGCAAAUCACCACCACUCACCCGCGCUAAUUUGAACCGUUCACAAUCGGUCUACACCAAAAGCAACACGGCUAUUAAUCGCGAAUUCUUACCAAGAGGAGGCCCACUUGUGCCAGCCCAGAGCUUGUAUCCACUCCGCGUGAAUGCUCAAAACUCACACUUGCAAAACCAAAAUGUUCAAAAUCAAAUGCAACAACGCUCGGAAAGUAUCUAUGGCAUUCGUAGUUCCAUGCGUCAUGAGCAGCGUCCAAUGCAACCUCAACAACAUAACGAAAACUCAGCCGCCGGCUUCCAAUCGGUUUAUGGUACACGGAACAAUCCAAGCCCAGGCAACGACUUAUGCAAAUUCGAACGCGAAGGACCACGUGAGGAGCAAAAAAUGUACGUAACCCGCCGACCAGAAUCUGUCUAUGGAAUGACCAACAAACGUUCAGGACAAGCAACUCAAUGCGCAUCAGAUGACAGUUCAUACGGAUCUUACCCACCAUCAUCUUCCACACCAAAUACACAAACGAGCAGCCGUACGCCAAACUGCGAUCAAAUCAUGCCCGGCAACUUUGUCCAAAAUCAACAACAACCGACGAAUGGUCCAAUACGAUCAGAGAUUCGAUCCGAACGCAAACCAUCGAUGGGCACGAUGGAACCACGAGUAAACUACGGACCAACACCAAUGCAACCAAAACAAAUGCACAGUGGAAACAAUAACGGCGCUCCACUUACUCAUCAGUACAAUAUGCAACAAAUGUCUAGACCAUAAGAAAAAAUGACCGUUUCUUAAUGCGUUUUGAUUCGAUUGUGUAGAUAAUUUAUUUGAAUUUUUUAUACGAAAUCUUUCACAACAAUGUAUUUAUUAAAAUAGUAGACUGCUUUAGAUGUAAGCUCAUUUUAGCCCAUGAUUCAUUCAUACGUCGUAAAAAUAGCAUAGAAACCAAAACCGUUGAUUGUACGAGAACGAACGUACUAUUUUCUACAAAUAUAACCAUUUAUUACAGGUUACCAUACGAACAAGACUACUAAAAAAUCAAUUCAAAUGAAACCACAUGAAAUUCGAAAUCAUUUUGUUACUCUUUUAAUCAUAUUUUUUUGCAUAAACUUUUAUAUUCGGCUGUAAAUAUAAUAUUUAAAUUAUAUUUAGUUUAUCCAACUAGCGAGAAAUCCUUUUCAUAUCGAUUAAAUAGAAAUGUUAGAAUUAAUUCGUGUUCAUAAGAUAUGUAAUGAAAAUAAAUCGAAUACAAAAAAU